CACUCCUCACUCACACAGUCACACUCUCAGCUCAGUCUCUUCAAGUCCAACCUUAGACAAGAACUCUCUUUCAUUGCUGCUAUGGCUAGCAGAAGGUUCUUCUCCUUCUUGUCAUUUCUUGUCAUGCUGUUAUUGAGUAGUAGCAGUAGUUGGGUUUCAGGCCAAGAUAGUGGUGACAGUGAUGAAGCAGGAAGUAGAAGAGAGCUUGUUCCAGCCAUGUUCAUAUUUGGAGACUCCCUUAUUGACAAUGGCAAUAACAAUAACCUUCCUUCCUUUGCUAAGGCCAACUACUACCCUUAUGGUGUAGACUUUGAUGAUGGUCCUACUGGUCGCUUCUCUAAUGGUUACACCAUGGUUGACGAAAUCGCUGAUCUGUUGGGUCUUCCAUUGAUUCCACCAUAUUCUGAAGCAUCUGGUGAGCAAAUGCUUCAUGGACUUAACUACGCUUCGGCUGCCGCUGGUAUACUUGAUGUCACGGGGAGAAACUUUGUGGGACGCAUACCAUUCAACCAGCAGAUACGGAACUUUGAGAACACCUUAGAUCAGAUGACAGGCAAUCUAGGUGCUGAUGGUAUGGCCAAUGCAAUCGCACGGUGCAUAUUCUUUGUUGGCAUGGGGAGUAAUGACUACCUCAACAACUACUUAAUGCCCAACUACCCGACCCGUAACCAGUACAAUACCCAACAGUACGCCACUCUAUUGACCCAACAAUACAAUCAGCAACUCAUGAGCUUAUACAAUCUCGGAGCAAGAAAAUUUGUGAUAUCAGGGGUCGGAGUCUUGGGCUGUGUACCUAGCAUUCUUGCACAAAGUCCGACCGGCCGGUGCUCCGAUUCAGUCAAUCAGCUCGUCAUUCCUUUCAAUGCCAAUGUGAAGUUGACGGUCGAUGACCUCAAUGCCAAUCUUCCCGGCGCCAAGUUCAUAUACCUCGACGUCUUCCAAAUGUUCCAAGACAUCCUCAAUAACCCUAGACAAUAUGGGUUUAGUGUGAUCGAUCGCGGGUGUUGUGGCAUUGGGCGUAACAGUGGGCAAAUCACAUGUCUUCCAUUUCAGACGCCAUGUUCGGACAGAGAUCAAUAUGUGUUCUGGGAUGCUUUCCAUCCAACAUCAGCUGUGAAUAUCAUUAUGGGAAGGGAGGCCUUCAAUGGAAACACCGAUGUUGCAUACCCGAUAAACAUCCAACAGCUUGCAAGUCUUUGAUCUUUCAGCCAAACAAGUAGAGAUUCUAAUGUCUCUAAUGAAUUGAGCUUCUGUAGGUGGUAUCAUCUAUAAUAUAUUGGAUUCUGAGAGAGUGUAGAAUUAAAUAGAACAUGAAAUAGGGUGUUCUAGUUGCAUCAGUUCUUGAGUACUACUGUACUAGAAGUGUAAGAAAUGGUGGCUCAUGACCCUCGAAACUGUUUUUUUUUCACAACA